UUCUCUUCAGGCACGCGAAGCGCAAACGACUUCGGAAGCAGAGCUUUGCACAUUCCAUAUCCGGAUAUAAUGGGCGUCGGAACUAAGUUCUGGCUGACUGUCGUGGGAACAGCGAUUUGCCUAGUCGGAAGCAUGACUGGCGAGAUGCUGCAGUGCUUCCAGUGCAAUGAGGCGGAUCAGACGUGCGGAUCACCGCAGAAGCCGCUCGGGCGCAUUGGCGAGUGCCCCCACUCGACCAUGUGCUCGAAAACAGUGUUAACCAUGAGCCUGCUGGAGGGACACCAGUGGAUCAAGACGAUGCGGGGAUGUGCCCAGCAGCUGAACACCACACACGUCUUCGUGAACAAGGCGUGGGUGGAGAAGUCUGUCGUGGAGGAGCCGUACCAAGAGGGCUGCAUCGAGAAGGAGGUGAACCCCGGCAACUCCAUUCUCCUCUGCCACUGCCGCGGACACUUGUGCAACGCAUCGAGCAGUCUGAUGGCAACUGAUGGCCGACUGCUGCCGCUGAUCCUCUUGGGCCUCAUCUGGUACUGGAGCUAUAGGAAACAGCACUUGUGAUCGAUCGCCUGCUAGUCGGAGGCACUUUUUGGGGAGUGCCCGUGCCCGUGACCGUGCCCGUAACCGUGCCCGGGAUGAUGCUUCCUGCUCUCUAAGCCGACUCAAAUUGUGUGAAAUUAGUUUUAAGCAGAUUAAAGAUUUAUGUGCGACACUUUCCGACU